AGGUUCAUCUUUAUCUGAUACCCCGUGAAUGCAAAGACAGGCGCCUUUCCAAAUGUUUGUUGGUCUUGAAUGAAAAUCACGACCUGUCACGCUGACGAAGAAUCAAAGAUUUUUGAUGCUCUUCGUUAUGUGCGUAUGAUCGUCUCUAUGCAUAUAUUUUGGCAAACCCUGUAGCUAUACAUCUUAAUAACAUUUUCUUGCGCGCGCCAUAAACAUAAUCUUCAAGUCGAAGUCUAUUUGGUCUAACUCAAAAGAUGCACCAGCUGGGAGAAAAUGUCGUUUCUAGUGCUGUGCUGUCCAUAUAUUUUUUUGAGUCAACUGUAUUAGUAGAGGACCGACAUAGCUAGUACAGCCGCUGCAUGGUAUUACUAUUUAGUCUCUACUAGCCAUCUAGAACUAAAUACUUACACUUACUUAGAUUUGUUUUCAAGUGGGCAUCAGAUUCUGAUUGUUCACUCAGACUACGUAGCACUAGCACAGUUACUUCUCGCUUAUUUGUACUUGACAAACACAAAAUGCAGUUGCGUCAUCCUGUGAAUAUCCAAUCGUUAACGGCGCACCGUCCAGCCAGUUGGAAGAAGGUUGUCCUCGCCUCAAUCUUCCUUGCGCUGUAUGCAGUCUGUCUCCAGUGGUCCUACUCCACUGUAGGAGAGCCAAGACAGUGGGCGUUGGCGGAACAGAGGCGACUUCUGCGUAAAAAAGCGCAAGAUGCAAAAGAUAAGGGUACGUAUUACUGCUCUUUAUUCGCAUUGAUGAAUUGUCAAUUUUUUGCAGCCAUGGGAAUUAGAAAAGUCUAACUACCUACUUUCUGGAGGCUAUCAUUCCUCAACUUAGUAUUUCAUCGGCUUCUAAAUCAUUGGUGAUCCUCUCUCCUCUUUCAUUUUCAUCUACAACGUAAACCUAUUUUCCUAACAUAACCCUUCACCAUUUCAUCUACUUCAAGGCAUCAUCGUCGGCGAGGACACUCAUGGUCGAAAAGGGAAGAAAAACGAGUUAAAGAUCAAUGAGGAAGAGCUUCCUUCCGAAUAUCUCCCAAAUGCCUUUUGCUGCUUGUUUAUCUUCCUCACUGUUGGCGUGAACAUCCUGAUUUUCCUUCUCUGCAAGUGGAGUCUACGAUUCAAGGCGUGGCUGUUGUACGAGCCAAGUGACGAGAUUUCUGAGAAUACACUCCUACUUGUCUUGCCGCCAAAGCAGAAGGGGAAAGCAGAAUUUUCAAUCGUGCAAGAGCCGAAUGCCAACACGAAUUACACCUUCGAUUUCCAGCACAUCCGUUACGAAAUCAUCGACGACGAAGACCUAAUCGAAAAAGAGACUGGCAGUGGCAAACUAGUGGGCGAUGGCGACUUUGCUUGCCGGUUAGUGCAGUCCUACGACGUCGGGCAUGACCGCACUUUCUACCGCACAGCUGUUGGCCUCCAAACCGAGGAUGAACUAGAAAAGAGUCUCGAGUUGUACGGCAGCAACGUGUUUGAACUGCCUUAUCCCACGUUUUUGGAGCUGUUUCAGAACCAAUUGGAGUCUCCCCUGGUCUGUUUUCAGCUGAUGACCGCGUUUUUGUGGGCAAUGGACACGUACUGGAAGUACACGGCAUUUACCCUGAUGACGAUCCUGGGAUUCGAAGCCUCCACUGCUUUUCAGAGGUUGAAAAGCAUCACCCAAUUGCGUGGAAUGACAGCACGUCCUUACGAUGUGUGGGUGUAUCGCCGCAAUCGAUGGGUUGGUGGCGUCAAUAUCACGGAGCUAUUGCCUGGCGAUAUUGUAUCUCUCGCUCCAAACCUGUUGAGUCCGAAGGACGUGGAGCGCCGUGAGCAACUAGAAGCGGCUAAGAAAAAGAAGGCUAAAGAGGGUGGAGAAGGUGAUAAGAUUAAGGCUAGUUUUUCACUAUUCCAUUUGGACCAUGCUAGCUGAGCGCAGUCCCCUUUGUUUGAUUUAUUAGAGGGAAAAAGAGGGUAGAUGAAACAAGGAGGAACUCACUCCGCGAAGCAUAGUGAAAAACUAGCGCUAAUAAGAGCAAAGCAGUAGAAGCAGUAGUAGCAGGCCCAAAGCCUCCUGUUCUCCAAGUCGUCAGCGAAAUCACCGUUCCUUGUGAUUGCGUCAUCCUCAAGGGUUCCGCCGUUGUCAAUGAGGCUUCUCUCACUGGUGAAUCCGUGCCGCAGAUGAAGGACGCGCUGCCACCCGCUGAAGAAGAGCAUGGAAGCAGUGCGCAGCUUUUCGACAUGUCUGGGUCUGACAAAGUGCACACUCUGUACUCGGGGACAACCCUGAUCCAGGCUACAAAUAAUGACGCAUUGACGGUCCAGAAAGACGAGCACGAUAUGUACUCUGACGUCUCCUGCCCGCCAGAUCAUGGCAUUGUCUGCUACGUCUUGCGCACUGGUUUCAGCAGCAGUCAGGGAGAGUUGAUGCGCAUGAUUCAGUUUUCGCAGGAAAACGUCUCAGCCGACAAGCGCGAAACAGCACUGCAGUUGCUCUUUUUGUUCGUGUUUGCCUUAUUUGCUGCCGCUUACGUGCUGAAAAAGGGUUUGGAAGAUCCCGAGAGACCGACGUACAAAGUCUUGCUUCGUUGCGUCUUGAUCAUCACGCAGGUGGUUCCCGCGUCCCUUCCUAUGCAGAUGGCGUUUGCGGUCCACACUGCUUUGAUGUCCCUAAUGCGCAAGGGCAUCUAUUGUACAGAACCCUUUCGUGUGCCAGAGGCUGGUAAGACCGAGUACUGCUUUUUCGACAAGACAGGAACAUUAACGUCGGAUCACAUGCUGGGAACGGGAUUGGUCUUGCAUAAUCCCGAGUUGACUGGCACUAUAACGAGCAGUGGAGGGACGACUACAAGUAAUAGCGGUGGAGCGGGAAACUCAUCAGGAGCCGUGCCUUCAAACAAUAAGAAUAGCAAAAACAACAAGAAUAAACAAGGAGCAACUCCAGCUACGUCAACCACCACAGAUUCCUCCGAUGAUAUCGUCUUCGUCUCUGACUUGGACAAGUCUGAACCUAGUAACCCUUUGGCCAAUCUACCCAACGUUUUGACCGAGCCAGAGCAGUAUAAGCAGUGCGUCAAGCCCAUGAAAGACCACGAGAAUAACCCAGCUGCUUUUGUUCUCGCUGGUUGCAACGCCUUGAUUGAGGUGCAGGGCAAGAUGUGCGGUGACCCGAUUGAAAUCGCUGCUCUACGUGGAAUCGAGUGGUCUUACGACAGCGAAAGCAGCACCGCGACGCCAGGCGCCCACUUGGCUAAGGAGAAGGCACUAAAACAGGCGAAAGAAGUGGUUGCGAAGGAAACGGACAAGGGGAAGAUGCAGGAACUGAAAAAGGACUGUGACGCCCUGGAGCAUAGCUAUGAGGCUGAAAAGGCAAAGAGCAAAGUCGCAUCAGUAGAAGUAGUGCAGAGACAUCAUUUUGCCAGUAGUCUGCAAAGGAUGAGCACUAUUUGCAAAGUUACGACAACGAACACUUCGAAAAAGGGACUCCUAUCUACUGGUGUCUAUGCCAUGGUCAAAGGAUCUCCGGAGAUGAUGCUCAAACUUCUAGAUGCCGAGACGGUUAAAAGCUCUGCAACGUUCUCCAAGAAUUACCUCGCGGCAUACCAAAAUUUGGCUGAGCAAGGACACCGAGUUCUGGCUUUGGGGUACAAGAAACUCUCUAGCGACCUGAAGGACGCGAAAAAGUUUGACAAAAUGAGCAGAGGACAAGUGGAAAGCGACCUGAAAUUCGCAGGAUUCGCUAGCUUCAAAUGUGAGACGAGGAGAGACAGUAAGUUGGUGAUUCAGUCCUUGUCGGAUUCGAGUCACACCUGUAUCAUGCUGACAGGGGACGCAGCGCUGACGGCUUACAGUGUAGCGAAGGAGGUCCACAUUGCACAGAAACCAAGUACUUCCAACUUUCUUCAUAGGUUUCAGUUUUGCUGGUAGUUUUCGUGUGAGAUCUUCUUGUUUUGCCUUCUCUUCCUUUUCUUUUCCGUACUCCUCCAACACAAAAAUAGUACUUCUAAGGGCCCUCAUUUUUUGCAUUCAUGAUGUUGAAGAUCAAGAUCUAGAAUUUUCUCGUCAUCAACACUCCCAGGUGCCAAAGCCCUUAUUCUCUCCGACGACGCUGCCAAAUGGCACCCGGCUAUAUCCAAGACUGAAAUGACGGAGGUGGAGUUUACCAGUCCAGAGCAGCUGGCGGAACUGAACAAAAAAGGCCAUGACCUAGUCAUAACAGGCAAAGCUUUGGAUUCAGCUUGUGCCAAAUAUGGUGAUGAAAUGUGGGACUCUCUCAAUGUAGUCUGCGUGUUCGCACGGCUAUCUCCACAGCAGAAGGAAGACAUCAUUCGAACAAUCGGAGGACAUCACUAUGACGAACCGGGGAGACAAGGUACAACUGAUGAACGUCCAGUACUUGUCAUUGUCAUUGUUGUUCCCGCUCAGAAACAUUCAUAAGAAUUAUACCACGAAAUCGAAAAAUGACUGAAAUACACUCUUUGUAGAAGUCAGUGGAGAGCUUCGAUCCAUGAACACGACCUACAUCAUCACAGCUCGCCUUGGCAAAAAGCAAGCGACUUUGCAUCAUACCUUGAUGUGCGGUGAUGGUGGCAAUGACGUGGGCGCUUUGAAGCAAGCGGAUGUAGGAGUUGCUCUCCUCUCUGGUUUUGGCAACGCGAAUGUGGAUGUCAAGAAGAAGAAAGCAGCCACGCCUGCCGAUGGAGACUUCUUCUCUCAGCUUUUCGGCGGAGGCGGUUCGGGAGAAGAUCAAGACGACGAAGAAGAUCAAGAAACCAAGCGUCUCCGUGAACAGGGCAAGACUGCGGAGGACGAACUCGCCAAAAUAAGAGCGGAAGAGGACAGCAAGAAUGCAGCUAUCCAAACCAAGAUGAAGGAAGAUUUCAAGCGCAAGCAGGGUGGCAUGUACAUGCGACAGCAAAAAUAUGUGGAAGAGGAAAUGAAUAGGCGAAAGGACGCGGGUCUGGACACGGGUCUACAGGCUCAUAUGCAGGUUAUGCGUGACGUGAUGGCUAGAAUGCAGGAUGAGAUGAAGCACGAACACUAAGGCUACAAGAAAUCCAUCUUCUUCUUCGCCAGCAUAUUUAUUGCUUGGGCCCUUUUUUAAAGGGACUAGGGGACGGGCCCAAGAUGCUGCUACAGGAAGAUGGAUGAUUUCUCUUAGUUCUAAGAACAGCAGCAAAUGCAGAAAACGAGUGUGAAUGCUAUGAGCGGCAUGGCGAACUGGACUGAGGCGAUGGAGGCCGCGGACGACACGCCAGCCGUCAAACUAGGGGAUGCGUCAAUGGCAGCACCCUUCACGAGUCGCACGCCGUCGAUUCAAGCGGUUGUGGACAUUGUGAGACAAGGAAGGUGUACUCUGUUGUCCGCAGUGCAGCAGAUGCAGAUCAUGAUGCUGGAUAGCAUGAUCUCUGCUUACUCCUUGAGUGCGAUGAGUGCGGAUGGUACUAGAACUAUUUGUUGUUCUGUUGUUCCUAUGCUGUAUGUGUAUGAGGUUGCUUUUUUCGUGAUGUCCUUCUCCAGCUCAACCAUUCUUUACUAACAUCUUCUAUAAUCUAGAUAAACCAAUCCGCAUGAACCAAGAACAUCUUCACAAUUAAUAUUUCUAGGUACUCGUCCCUCCGAACAGCAAAUGAUGGCAAGCGGAACACUUCUUUCCAUCGCUUCUAUCGCCUUCAACUUCGCUCGGCCCCUUGACCGGAUGCACCCCGUCCGCCCCUUGCAGUCUGUGUUUCAUCCCGCGUUGUUUUUCUCUUUGAUUGGCCAAUUACUGAUUUUAAGGCUUCUUGAGGAAAUUCAUUCUUAAAUAAUCCAUGCAUCUUGGCCCCAUUUUGGCGGGCAAAAUGGACCGAGAUGCUGGGCGGAAUGAAUUUAGGCAAGCUCUAAUGAUUCACCUUACCUGCAUGGUCUACGUGAUGCAAUUAGCGAAAGACGCCAUGGGAGAGGAGGAAUUGAAAGAAGUGCUGAAAUUCGAGAGGGAGAGGAACAACAUGAUCGACGCCAUGGACGAAGAGGAGAUGAAUGAUGUCUGGUGGUUCACCAAAGUGCCCUUUAAACCGAAUCUGCUGAAUUUAAGGCUCACUUUGUCUUCUAGUUUGUGAGGCUCCUGACUUUGUUUCGGUUGUGAACUCAUCUCCAAACAAAGUGUCUGACUUGGUUUGACACGACCCUUGCUUCUUCUACUUCUACUAAGUGAGUGGAAUGGAACAAGCGAGUUGGUCAAAUUUAACGAUUGUAGUUUUCAAGUAGAGUUUAUUUUCAAGUUGAACUACAGCUAUGUAUUACUUACAAGGUAUUAUCAUCUUGCUCUGGUCUUUCUUUUUUCUAGUAGUUAGGUCUGCUCCACCACGACUACUACAAUCCUCUCUAAUGAAAACGAUGGUCUGGCUCGUGGAGGUUUCGCAGCAGAUAUCAGUGUUGUUUGUCAACUACAAAGGCCGACCGUGGAUGCGUGGUAUGUUGGAGAACCAAGCCUUGUUUUUGUCGCUGUUUGGAUGCAUUGCAUUGGUCUGGGUGUGCGCCACGAAUGCGAUUCCAUUGUACUGGAAAUAACUAUUUCCAUUUUGUGAAGAAGUUGUACAAGAUCGAUUAUAUUUGAUUAUUCAAUUUCUUCUGAGAACGAAGUUGUGCAUGUGUUCCUGUUUCAUUGCAAGGACAAGGACUACUAGAGCUAGAGGCAGGGCUGAGCAAGUCAUUCACAUCCUAUCGUCUCAUCUACUCUCAUCUUUCAUCCUCUCAGUCAUACCGAUCUACACCAUCGAUCUACAUCAUCCUUUCUGAAACCAUCCAAACUCCAGCGUGAACGAGACGCUGAAACUCGUCGAUGUGCCCUCAGAACUGCGCAUAUCUAUGAUGGCGAUGCUCUUUUUCUCGCUUGCCGGUGCCCUUAUCUGGGACCGGUUGAUGCAUUUCAUCUUCGCCAGAGAAAUCUUCAACGUGAUGUGGGACAACAUCAGAACUACCACCUUCAACGACUGCUGGCCAGUGCUAAAGACAGUGGGCUACAUCCUAGGUGGCCUCCUUGUGCUGGGAACAGGGAACAUCUUCUCCGUCAUAGGAAUGUACUACCUGUACCGACAGCAUAAAUCGAGCCAGGCAGCGCCAGGAGCAGCAGCAGGAGGAGGAGCAAAAAGUAGUACUAGUACAACUGCAGGAGCAGGGAAGAAAUAGGAACAUCAUCUUCAAUCAUGAUGAUACCUCGAUGCCUCGAUGCCUCCCCAAUGAUGCCCCUCUAUACCCCUCUCCCGCUUAAGUAUUUGUUGUAGACCCAAAUGAAGAUGAUAUUCGUGUGAUUAUAGUAAUGUACUGAGACUGAGGACAGAAGGGACAGCCACAGAAUGCAUUUUCAUGUUCAUCAACAUGAUGUCCAUGAUGGAUAUGAGUCUAUCCAUUUUGAUCUUGGUGCAUCUUCCCAUCGUUCACUAGUCACCUGUCAAAGCCCUCACCAGGAAAUGAAUUUGAAUUAGAGGCGAUAAAAAACCAUUUUUUCGAGGUUUGGUCGAAAUUUGAUCUUGAAAUUGCUUAUCAAGCUAGAAAUUUCUUUAUUUCUCAGUUGUCUUUUCACGUGAGAGGACAACCUGGAACUAGAAAUUCAACUUCAAGUUAGAAGAAGAUAGAAGUCGUUUCAACAUCUUCAGCAAUGCCAGCUGAAAUCUAGAUGAUGACUGGUGUGACUUGUUGUUGUUACAACACGACAAAUAAUGAAGAUGCAUGAGCAUAGUGUACUCCGUCAGCCCUGGUGUAAGAGUUCCUUGUAUGGGUAAUCGCUAUCCUCAUUUUUUUAAAUACAAUGCUGUCAUUCCUCACCAAGGGGGGGUCAUAAUGGUAUUUCUAGAUAUGCUAAGGCGAAGACCAAGACUGGGUAUUGAAGCUACGCAAAGACUUGACAAAUAACAUGUUCGCAGGUCCCGAACCCCACUCCCCGUUCUUCUGCUGCUAUACGCACCGAAGAAGCCGAAUGUCUAUGUCACGUACAUCUUCUUCCUGUGAUGAGUGAUCGCAUAGUGAUUCUUCUGAUUUUUCCCUCUCCUUCUCCAAAAAAGUUAUGGCUCACUUCGCGUUACAGUUACACAAUUUCUCUUGUGUUCAGUUCUAGCACUUGUUACAUCUUUUCGCGGGGCUACUGCAUGGUUUCAUGCGUCAUGCAACUGCGAGAGCGUCUUUUUCUUUAUACUAGGUAGAUAGUCUUAAUGUUCGCGAAAGCGAAGAAGAAUGCUCCAAAUGGGAGCCCGAUAGGAGCAUAAGUAAGAGGAUAAAUAUGAUCUACAAGAGAAAGUGCAGACGCAACUAUAAAGUUAAGAUCUAC